CUAACGGACUUUUGAAUUCCAAAGCUGUUUUUCUUAUCAACAUAAUCUGCGUCAUCCUUCUUUUCCUUUUCCCUUGAUUCCACGUGUAUUCUGCGCGGAUGGUACUUCCAAUAGUUGCUGUUUUGGCUGGGUGAAUAAAGGCAGAACUGAUCACCUUAAUUUCUACUUCCUGUUUUCACUCUGUAAAAUGAGCUACUACCAGCUUAACUGCCAAGAAAAAUAUCAGAAAACAAAUGAGUUGGCCUGCGAUUGUGCUAAAGAAUGCACUAGGAAUGGAGGGAAUACAAAAGGAAAUUCCCAGUUCUUUAGUAAUCAUCAGCAGCCAUUUCACAUGGGUAUUUGGAUUCAGCCACCGGAAGUGGAGGGACAAUCACAAGAACAUAGCCUAUGGCAAGGUAGUUCAUCCGGUACAAAUGUGAGUUGUAUCGGAUCACCAGUUCCGGCCUUCUAUGCAACCGAAAGGUAUAUGGAAUUUCCACAGUAUUCAUAUCAAUCUGGAAAUCCCAAUUUUUCCUCCCUAAUGCCAAGAAUUUGUGACUUGCAAAACACAUCUUCUCGAUCUUCGGAGGGUAGCUUUGGUUCUGAAACACUGGAAUUUCAAACGAAAAGUCCUCAGGAAUCAGUUCUGAAGUCCCAGUUUCGUAGCAAUCACAAACAUGAUUCCAAUGAAAGGUUCCGUGAAAUUCCAAGAAACGACUUUCGGGAGGGAGAACUGAUUUCGCGGCUGAAAAGGGAGUUGCUGGAUGAUAUUGAUACUUCAAAUCCUUGCCAGGCUUCAUUUCCUUUUGAGGCAAAUCAAGAUCCUAGGGUGCAUGACCACAACUUGUAUAUUUCUCAACUUGAACACGUGAGGAAUUCUGCUGGAAUUUCUGGACGUGUUUCAGUUAACGCUGGGAAUUCUGUUUCCUCUGGAGCAUCUACCUUCUCGGGUAAAACUAGAAUCCGGUGGACUCAAGAUCUUCACGACCGGUUUGUCAAAUGUGUGAAUCAUCUUGGUGGAGCAGAAAAGGCAACACCGAAGGCAAUACUGAAGCUAAUGGCCUCGGAGGGGUUGACCAUCUUGCACAUAAAGAGUCAUCUACAGAAAUAUCGAACUGCAAAGUACAUGCCAGAAUUUGCAGAAGGAAAAUUUGAGAAGAAGAGUCCUCCUACCAAUGAUGCCAGUGGUAUGCAAAUCAAGGAAGCACUACACCUGCAACUGGACGUCCAGAGGCGACUUCACGAGCAGUUAGAGAUCCAGCGAAAUUUGCAGCUGAGAAUUGAAGAACAAGGGAGGCAACUGAAGAUGAUGUUCGACCAGCAACAGCAAACAACUAGAAGCCUCUUUGAGACCCAUAAUUCCAAUAAUGCGUUGCCUCAUGAUUUGCAGAUUCCGAUAUAUGAUGGUUGCGAAUAUUCUCACUUAGCAUCCAAAAUAAGUUAGUUUUGCCAUUGUAUCAUAUCAUGUAUGUAAUGUUUUGAUAUCCACACAAGCAGCAAUGGGAUUCUAGGAAAGUUAACUUACUUACAUGCCACAGAAUCAAGAAAUACAGAAGCUUUUGUAGUUAAGCUCCAUGAGUGCUCCUAUACUGUGAACUUGAAAUGAAUUGAGGGCACCAGUAGAUGAUAAAGGUUUCGUAAAUUACUUCA